CGGGCUUGUGAUAUCGCUCGCCCAGAGCUUGCAACGACUGUGUGUGCUGUCUAGAACAUUUCGGCUGUCUACAACUAAACAUGAAGAAGAAGGUCCUGUUAAUGGGAAAGAGCGGGUCUGGAAAGACCUCCAUGCGCUCAAUCAUAUUUGCCAACUACAUUGCGCGGGAUACACGACGGCUUGGAGCGACAAUUGAUGUUGAACACUCAAAUGUUCGGUUUUUGGGAAAUUUGGUGCUUAACUUAUGGGAUUGCGGAGGCCAGGAGGUGUUCAUGGAGAACUAUAUAGCUGCCCAACGGGACCACAUAUUUCGCAACGUGGAGGUCCUGAUCUACGUCUUCGACGUAGAAUCGCGCGAAUACGAGAAGGACAUGCACUACUAUCAGUCAUGCCUGGAGGCAAUUCUACAAAACUCGAAAGAUGCGAGAAUAUUUUGUCUGAUACAUAAGAUGGAUCUGGUCCAAGAAGAUCAGAGAGAGUUGGUUUUCAGGGAGCGAGAAGCGGAUUUGAAACGGCGGUCAUUACCACUGUCAAUCACCGCAUUCAAGACAUCUAUUUGGGAUGAGACCUUAUAUAAAGCUUGGUCAUCCAUUGUCUACUCCUUGAUACCCAACGUCCGCCUUCUCGAAACACACUUGGAAAGCUUCUGCAAUAUUUGCGAAGCCGAUGAAGUCGUUCUCUUCGAACGUACAACAUUCCUCGUCAUUUCUCAUUCCACGCAGCGCCCACAUGCAGAUGUCCAUCGUUUUGAAAAGAUAUCAAAUAUCAUUAAGCAGUUUAAACUGAGCUGCAGUAAAUCGCAAGCACAGUUUCAAUGUAUGGAAGUUCGAAGCUCAACUUUUGCGUCGUUUAUCGAUGUUCUAACUCCGAAUACAUACGUCAUGGUCAUCAUGUCGGAUCCUACAAUACAAUCAGCUGCAACUGUCAUCAACAUAGCGGCAGCGCGAACGCACUUUGAGCGGAUUGAACAGGGCCAGUUUGGACGAUAGUAGAUGCAAGCGGCAUUUGACAGCUAGCAGUCUUCUGUAUUUUAUCAAUAACUCAGAAACACGCAUCCUGGUGAUCCAUGUAGUGCCUCAAAUCUAGAGAGAUUUUGAUUUCGGUCCUAGCCCCCAGUACGUCUUCCUGCUAUAAGUCAUGGGUACAACUCCAUAGUAUCUAGAAUCCAUCUUUCCAAUCAGAGCC